CGGCGGAGCGGCUGCACCGGGGGGGCAGCGCCGAGCCCCCUCCCGAACCGGACCAUCCGAAUCGGGCCGAGCCCCCUCCCGAACCGGAUCCCCGAACCGGGCCGAGCCCCCUCCCAUCCCCUCCUGGACCCCCCGGACCGGGCUGAUCCCUCUCCCGGACGGGACCGGGCCGAGCCGCUCCCGGUGCCCGGCGCGAUGCCCGCCCGCCGCCCGGCGCGGGGGCCCCGCUGAGCCGCCCCCGCGGGCACCAUGCACGCCAUGAGCCCCCUGCCCCUGUGGCUCCUGCUCUGGCACCUGCGGCACCUGGCGCUGGGAUAUCUGACCGUCAGCAUCGAGCCCCUGCCCCCGGUGGUGGUGGGAGACGCCGUGACCCUGAAAUGCAACUUCAAAACCGACGGGAAAAUGCGGGAGAUCGUCUGGUACCGGGUGACUGACGGCGGCACCAUCAAGCAGAAGAUCUUCACCUUUGAUGCCAUGUUUUCCACCAACUUUUCCCAGAUGGAAAACUACCGGAAGCGGGAAGACCUCGUCUACCAAUCCACUGUGUACUUCAAGCGGGACGGGGAGCCCAUCGAGGCCACCCCGCUGCCGGAGCCGCCGGCCGGCGCCAGCAGCUGGGCCCCCCGGAACCUCCUGCACCGCGACCUGGACGACACCAAGCUGCCAAAAUCCCUGGCCGCCGACGGCGAGCUGGGAAUGGGAAACCCCUUUGCCACGGUGGAUCCACCGCGGGGGCUGGCGGCCGAGCGGGAUUCGGUGACGGAAAGCAUUCCCGAGACGGUUGUGAGCCGGGAAUUCCCGCGCUGGGUGCACAUGGCCGAGCCCAUCUAUUACUUCCGGCACACGCACGCGCCCGUCAGCGACGGCACCGUCGAGGCCCGGGCCACCCUCACAUGGACCCUGAACCCCCAAAUCGACAACGAGGCGCUCUUCAGCUGCGAGGUCAAGCACCCGGCGCUCUCCAUGCCCAUGCAGUCUGAGGUCACGCUAGUUGCUCCCAAGGGUCCGAAGAUCACGAUGACCCCAACGAGGGCGCGCGUGGGGGACACCGUGCGGAUCCUGGUGCAGGGCUUCCAGAACGAGGUGUUCCCGGAGCCGCUGUUCACGUGGACACGCGUGGGGAGCCGGCUCCUGGACGGCAGCGCGGAGCACGACGGGAAGGAGCUGGUGCUGGAGCGGGUCCCGGCCGAGCUCAACGGCUCCAUGUACCGCUGCACCGCCCAGAACCCGCUGGGCUCCACCGACACCCACACCCGCCUCAUCGUCUUCGAAAAUCCGAAUAUUCCCAGAGGACCAGAAGACUCCAACGGUUCACUUCCCGGCCACUGUGGCUUCAGAUUUGUUUUGGCGCUCACCCUGACAGUGAUCCUGGAGCUCACGUGAAGCUUCACCUCCUCUUCUUCCUCCUCCUCCUCUGUCCAGCUCCUCCUGGCAUUCCUGCCUCCAGCCAUCGGGUCUCCCGCUCUUUUUUUUUCUAUACUCUUGACAGUCUCGGUCUCUUUCCGU